CAGCUGUUGCGCCUCGAUCGAUGGGAAGGUGUCCUGCGACAGGAGCUCCGCCGAAAGGACACCUCCAGGAUGUUCGGCUCCUGCAUCUUCAGUGCUCUCUACCUUGAGAAGCCGAUCGACUCAGGCCCGAUGAACGAUUGGCCUUGGCCCGAGCAUGGACUUCUGGCGCUCGACUAUGCCAGUGGCAAGCGGCCAACCGCGGAGGACUCGGCCGUGGCGACGCCAAGCUUCAGAAACCUCUGCCAGGCACUCCAUCUCUGCAGCCUGACCGAGGAGCAGAAAGUCGCGGCUCUUGUUCCGGUCGCUCAUGAGCUCUUCCUCAGCAGCCUGCAGCUUCGUACGUUGCUCCUGCUUCUGGAGACGCCAAAUGCACGGCUGCAGCUCUUCGAGCUGCUCUACCUCAGGAUCGUCGACAUCCAGAACGAAACUCUGGCACGCGAUGUUCUCGACGAGAGCUGCAACUUCUGCAAGCUGGAGAGGUUCAACCAAUGCAUGAUGUUUCCGUUCGUCCAGCCCGAAAGCUUUGCCUUCGAGUUCAACUUGAAGCACUUGGACCAUCGGCUCGCCUCUCUGGCGGUCUUCAAGCUUUGCGAAGUCGAGGGCUGGGUCAACUUGCCGGAGCCGACGUUCGUCGCGGACGAGGCGGAUGAGGACGGCACGGAUGAAGCCUUGUUCUGGAGGAGCUCCAAGGAG